AAAGAUCUUGUGUUAUAUAUCGUAAUUUUUGUUUCGUGUGUGGCGAGAGCGUACGUGUUGUGUGACUGGAAUGCUAAUAAGGUGGUAUAUAAGGUCAGGAAGAGAGUUGUUGUGCUCAGUAUAUUCAACGCGUACGCUAGGCUAAACACUGGCAGAGAUCAACUGUUGAUCAGGGUUUACUAGCGUGUUUCUACCAUGUCAGAAGAAAAAAAGCUUCCAUCCAUUGUUUCACUCAACGUGGGAGGACAUUUCUUCACCACUCGACUGGCUACCCUCGUCUCCGACAACGACUCCAUGUUAUCUGCCAUGUUUAGUGGAAGAUUUCAACUUGAAGUAGACGACAAAGGCAAGUACUUCAUCGAUCGUGAUGGACAGUACUUCGGCCAUAUUCUCAACUACCUACGCGAUCCUUCACUCCUACCGCCAUCUUCAGUAGCGCUUCAAGUUUACCAAGAAGCAAAGUACUACGGGAUAGAGAGACUGGUCGAACAACUUGAAUGCUAUCCUUCGGUAAUACCACAAACUCGGCUCGAAGACCAGAAGUCUUCUAUGGGGGAAUAUUUUGAAUACUGGAAACAAAUGGUCAUAGAGACCGCGCGCAAAAAGUACGGAGAUGUCAUGAAGUACUCCGUGGGCCAGGAAUGUAUGGUCACUGCAGUCAGAUAUAUCUCAAGAAAGGACUAUUUGUCCGCGGUCACAAAAUGCAAACACAAGUUCGACCUCUUCAUGGAAGAAUCCGAAAAAAGCAAACCAACUCAUAACUUUUUCUGCUCGGACGAGAACGGCAGUCGCUUGAGUUUUUACAUUGGCUGUGACUUGCCAAACGUAGACUUUGUCAUCCCCGAAGAAGAGAUCCCAGAAAGUCGUUUAUUUACGUCUGUUUUGGAGAAAGACUUACUUAAUGACGGGUUCUGUGUGAGCGCUCGUUCGUCGCAUUCCUGGAAAUGUUCUCGGUGCGAGAUCGUGGGGUACCUGCAUCAGAUAGCAUUCACUUGGUCAUUUGCACAUGUGCACGAGCCGGUGAUUCAGAUGGAAAAUUAGCAUCUUUCUCGUGUGACUGUAUAUAGCUUUAUUAGAAACAAUACAUUCUACUAAUAUUAUUAUUAGUCCGCCCGCAGCCGUUCUUAGUGUCAUCACGCAACGCUCCCUCCUCCCCAGUCCCCCCUCCCCAGUCCCCUCCCCGGAGAGCCAUGUUCACAGGCUAAUUCAGUUUAGAAGCAGGUACUGCUCAAAACAAGUGUAAAAAACUACUAUAUACCGGCGAAAAGUCUGAACUCAAUUAACUCUACAAAUAUAAAGUAAUCUAUGUAUUAUACUUAAAGAAGGCUUAUUUUAACUCAUCCAAAGAUGUUAUUAUUGAUAAUGAUAUUUGUGAAAUACUUUUYUUAAAAGCCUCAGUUUUGUUUCUCAAAUGUCCUAAAUCACAUCACAGUAUAUCUUACAUACUGGAAUUUUAAACAUUCAUGCAUUAAAGUUGCAACCAAA